AUGUCUAAGUUGAAUUUGGGUACAGUUAAGGCGUUUAAUGUUAUGAAGACUUGUUUUGGCGGUUUCGAAGACGUGGGUGCAAGUAAAGUUGAAUUUAAGAACUACAAGAGGCAAGUUACCUUGUUUAUAGGGGAAUACGAUGCUGAGAUGGUUGGUGUUAGGCUAUGCAAUUCCACCAAUUUCAAAGAACGUAUUUGUGGUGUUGUGUGGACGGAUAUUCUUACACCUGAAGAGUUUGAACCAGGAUGGGAAGAGGUUAUCGGAGAGUUCAAUUUAGCAGAUAAUGACUGGCUCUCUGAUAUUUUUGAACUUAGGGAAUCUUGGAUCCCUGCAUACAAUAGAAUGGAGGAGCUGUUAGGUCUUAUGCGAACUACAUCGAGGUCGGAGAAUGAGAACCAUUUUUCGGGUCAAGUGUGCAAUUCAAAAGCUACUCUUGUUGAGUUCAUUACUCAUUACGAAACUACAAUAGAAGCACAACGUCACACGCAUCAUAAAAAUGAUCAUGAAUCUCGAUACAAAUGCCCCCGGUUGAAAACUGAGUUAAUCGGAAUUGCGGAUUGCAUAAAUCAACGUUACGAAGAUCAGCCCGAUAGUUGUUGUGUUUGUUUUUUAGAUUGUCUUUUUUAUACAGAAAUUCUUUGCAUGCGUUAUAUAGAUAUUGUUUUUGGCGUUUUCAGGGAAUUUCCAAAACAAUACAUUUUGAAUAGAUGGCGUAAAGAGGCUUACCCAAAUUGCUCUUUCAAAUACUCAACUAGUCCUGAAUAUAUGACCGAGCUUGAUCCCGAUGUGCAAAGUAUGAUUAAUAAGGAUGAGCUAUCCUUAUACAAGGAUCAUGUUCAAUCUUAUAUGAAGAAUGUUCAAGAUAUGCAGAUUGUUGCUCCUCCUCCUAGUACUAGGGAUAGAUUUGCGGAGAUAACCGGUCAAUAUAAAAACGACAAGAAUCCAAUAAGAGUCUUUGUUGGGUAUAAGUCGAAAGGUUCUGGAUCUCGGAAGCGCCUGAAAUCCAAACAGAAGGUAGCAAUCGAAAAAACUAAAUCAAAAUCGAAACCGGGGGCCAAAGAAAGACAGUGUCAGAAUUGUAAAGGUAACGGACACAAUGCUUCGACAUGCAAAAAGGCCGUAAUUAAAAGAAAAUCGACUUCGUCUUCGAGAGCAAGCAAAGAGUAG